UUACACAAUAAAAUAGGUUCGAGUCCAAGCAAUAACCUUUAUAGUGUAAACACAUUGUAGGGAAUAGGGAGUAGGGCACCAUUUCAGACGGAAACAGUCCACCUUACUUAUGCAACCCUAUACCAUGGUGCAUAGUACAUUCUUUGCGACUUUGGAGUCAGAUUUGAACGUACUUAAGACAUGACAAGUGUUCAGAUGAGUGCUAAGGAUGAGCUGCUUGAACAGUUCCUGGAUUAUGCUUCCAGGGGGGACUUGGCCACAAUUUCCAGUAUGAUCUCUCACUCCAGUCAGCUACUCAAUGAAAGUGGGAGACAAGGAUGGACAGCCUUAAUGCUGGCUGCGAGAAACGGACACUUUGAUGUGGUAAAAGCGCUACUUUUAAAUGGGUGUAAUAAAGACUUGAUGAAUAAGUCUGGCCAGACUGCCCAUGACAUAGCGAAAUUCUGGGGACACCGACACAUUGCUCGUUUUUUAUCUAGCAGUGGAGAUGGCACGCUUAAUGGAAUUCUACCAAGCAAUAAACCUCCAGAGAAUGAAAGUUACUUCAGUAGAGAAUAUCUCAACAGAAUGAGUGAUAAAAGGACUGAUACAGAAUGGCUUUCGGCUAAACAGGCUUCUUCUGAAACUGUGUUCAUUGUGUUUUAUAACUUGGAUCCUUUUGUUAAAACAGAGCAAGAAGAAAUGAAUGAAAUUCAGUCCAAGUUAAAGCUUUACAGGUUUGGAAGGGACUCUGUGAAAGAUGUUCUCGAAAAAAGUGACACAGUGGUUGUUUUUUUGGGAGUAGAAAAGCGGGAGUGUACUACUUCUUCGCCGGUGUUGAAGGAAGACGGACUCAUUGCGUGGUUUGCUCUAAAUACCAGGGAGAAUCCCACAGAAAAUCUUAAAGUCACAGCUUCAAACAGCUUCUUCCUUACAGGACCAAUGCCAAGGCUCUUAAUGCUAAAUGAAGAUGAAGCAGGUAUCAUCGCACAAGCCAGGUCUGUCCUUGCAUGGCACAACCGGUACAGUUUCUGCCCAACAUGUGGUGGUAAGACCAAAGUGGAUGAAGGAGGUUACAAAAGAACUUGCUUAACAGAAGGCUGCAGGAGUCUCCAGGGAAUCCACAAUACCUGUUAUCCUAGAGUUGAUCCUGUUGUGAUCAUGCUGGUCCUUCACCCAGAUGGAAAUCGGUGCCUACUAGGAAGAAAGAAGGCAUUUCCUCCAGGAAUGUUUUCAUGUCUUGCUGGGUUCAUUGAACCAGGUGAGAGCAUUGAAAAUGCAGUAAGGAGAGAGGUUUUUGAAGAAAGUGGAGUUACUGUUGGCCCUGUCCAAUAUAUUUCCUGUCAGCCAUGGCCAAUGCCUUCAUCGCUCAUGAUCGGUUGCUUUGCAGUAGCAGAAUCCACAGACAUAAAGGUGGACAACAAUGAAAUCGAAGAUGCUCGCUGGUUCACAAGGCAAGAGGUAAUAGACGCUCUUGUGAAUGGUAAACAAGCAUUUUUUUCCAUGCCUCCAAGACAAGCUAUUGCCCAUUACCUCGUGAAACACUGGAUUGGUAUGAACUCAAACCUUUGAACUAAAUGUUAAUGUGAAAUUUAACAGAAUGAAAUGAAUGAAAUUUAGUGAGGUUUUUUUUUUUUAUGUUUGUGUAGUAUGAGAGUGGGAGAUGGGACCUAAAAGUGCAUCUUACAGCCGUAAUCUUAAACCAAAUCUCUAUUAAAUUCAUAUAAUAAUUAUAAA